CUUUCUUUCAGAUGGCAAUGUUGGCGUGGCUCUUCCGCCUUGCUGUGGAAUGAAGGAAAUGAACAAAAUACAAUCAUUUGCUUAUCUAAAGAGAAAAACACAACGGUACAGAAAGUGGCUGCUGGUGUUACUGAGUGCAUUCAGUGAGAGGUGGACAAAUGCACAUCGAAUUUCUGCACAUAGACUGCAAUACUGGUUUUUGUGCUUACAAUUGCAGUUCCCACUCAACAACAGGACAUACACAUCUGAGGCUUAUCAUUGAAAUCACAAUGAUAUACAACCUGUAAUGGAGAGGACACACUGACCACAGACUCAGCAGGGCAAAUUUAACAUUAUUAAGAAGUUUUCCUCAACUGAUGUCACUAAAGUUUCAGAUGCAGUGAUGGGAACAAUGGCACAACAGUUCCUUGGCUUCUUCUUGGGUCUCCUGGGCCUGGUUGGCACUUUGACAUCAACAGUGCUUCCUCAGUGGCGCCAAACAGCUUAUUUUAGCUCCAAUUUUAUUACUGCAUCAUACUAUAUGAAAGGCCUGUGGAUGGAAUGUGUUAGCCACACAGCUGGCUUUUAUCAGUGUGAAUUUCAUCGAUCAAUGCUUUCUCUGCCCAAAGAUCUGCUGGCUGCCCGGAUUCUAAUGGUGCUCUCCUGCACCACCUCAAUCUUGGCUGCCAUAGUUUCAGUUAUGGGUAUGAAAUGUACUCGCUGUGCCCACCAGUCCCAUUACAAGAGCUCUUUAGCUGUAAGUGGAGGUUCAUGCUUUAUCCUGGCUGGCCUUUUCUGCCUUAUCACUACAUCCUGGACCAUGUGUGAUGUCAUAAGAGAAGCCUACAAUCCCUUUUCUAAUGCUGGAAUGAGAUAUGAGAUUGGCCUGGCUGUGUACAUCUCUUUCUCAUCAGUUGUUUUCAGUAUUUGUGGAGGUGGGAUGCUAUGUGUGGCAUCCUGGAAUGUAAGAAAUUAUGUAAACCACAAGGUGGCAGACCUGCAGGUACCAGGUGCAAAUAAGCUUCAGCAUAUACCAGGUCAUCAAGCCAACAUUGCCUUUGAAAGUGAUCAUUCAUCAUCACAAAGUUUUUCUAUCAGCAAUGGAAUUGGGCUAAGUGAAAGCAUUAGCGAAAGUAGUAUUAAAAGUAAAACUUGAAUUAAAAGCACAGUAAAAGGUCAAAAGUACUGAAAAUUAAACAGCACUCGGCAAUACUCCUUUUUUUUAGUAAAAUGGCAGUAAAUGUAGACCUAUCCACAAGGUGACAAGCAUUAUUUUAUCAUUUUAACAAUAUUCUGGAGAAAGGUUUAAUAAAAUUGUAACACGUUUAAAGUUUACAGAAUAAAGAAACAUACACAUUUUUUUUUUACUAUAAUUGCUUUCUAUUAUAUAAAUAUACAGAAACCUUUUUUUUUAAGAAUUGCAAAAACCUCAAAUAAUGAUUAUGCUAAAUAACCUCUCAAGUAAUCAUUAAGUGCUAACAGAUAAAACUCCUUAGUCUCUUAAAUAUGAAUGAUAGAAAAUCUUUUUAUUUAUUAAGUGGUAUGCCCUGAAUAGAGUACACACAGAAAAAUCAAGGUACCUAAAGAGUACAAAUGCCGUGUGCUGCAGCUGCACCGUAGCACACUGUAUAUCCAUGAAAUAUACAACAAUCUUCAUUGAAGGAAUUACAUAGGUCACUAUGUCCUAAAAGCAUAACUAUAUCUGUACAGAAGUAAAGUAUAUUUAAAUAUAUUGUCAGUUUAGAGCUGAAUUUAUGUUUAUUACAGUUUAAAAAGGAAAUAAAAUAUUUUUUAAUGCUGAAUAUGCAAAAAAAAUGUAACAAAUGAACUAAUUACAAUAAUUUUCUUUUAGGGAAUUAAGAAAGUAUUAUUAUUAUUAUUAUUAUUAUUAUUAUUAUUAUUAUGUAAUCAUACAGAGAACAGUCUAUGUGGAAUGUAAAAUUCCAAACGAAUGAACAAAGUAUGUAACACAUGAAUGGCGUCAAUUAAAUCAUACAG